AUGAGAUGUACUCCCUGCCCGCUCAUGGAGGAAAGCCUUCCUCCAGGGUUCAGGUUUCAUCCGACUGAUGAAGAACUCAUUACUUACUAUCUGACUCACAAGGUAUCUGACUUCAGCUUCACUUCCAAGGCCAUUACAGAUGUUGAUCUCAACAAGUGCGAGCCUUGGGACCUCCCAGAUGAAUAG